CUCUUUCCUUCCCCCGCACAACCAACGGCCGAAGUCAGCCUUAGUUAGACUAAUACUACUUGCCAUCCCUUCUAUCAAUCAUCAUCGUCAUUUUUAUCGCUAUCACCGGCCGAACAAGACUGGGUUCUUCCUUCCUUCUUUCCCUUCCCCAUCAUGGCACAGACUGCACGGCAUUGAGCCCUGGAUUAUGUCUCAUUCGGUCAGCUCCUUCAAUUGCAUGCAGCUCUUCCUCCAUGCUUCAAUUAUCCCCCGCGUGUCUGCUUAACUAUUUUUAAAUCCAAAAGAGAGUCGCCAUCCCUCUGAUUUGCCCACUACCAGCCUUUUCAUCCCAUUCCCUCCACCCCCCAACCCCUUGGAAUCCGGGGUAAUUACAGUUAGAACAGAAUUACAAUCAUGCAAGCAUUUCUGCUCAAUUUUAGAUUCCUCUGCCUGCUCCUAACCCUGUUUGAGAUCAAUGCGCUGGCGUUGCGGUCGCAGGAUGUCCUUGCGCCAGUCGCCCUGGACGCACAGAUUCCGCUCGAGGAGUCUCAUGUAUCACCGGCGAAGCAGCUCCCCCAGCCGGCCCCGGAUUCGCCUCCGGAGUCCAGCGAAAGCAUCAGCCGCACGUUGCAUGACUUGCUGGACGCCCUAAAUGUGAUGCAAGACGCUUACUUUGAACUGUGGCAAGGCACUUGGCCGUCGAGUAUCGAUUGGACUGCAGCUGUGCUGGGUACCCAUGUCUCUGCCACACUUACCUCGCUGACUUCCACCACCGACGACGUGCUGUCGACCGCUGUGUCACUGGAGGACCUCGAAGAUUGGACGCAUGCGACGACAAGCGGUCGAUACGAAUUGGGGACAGAGAAUUUAAUCAAUCAUUUCUUCGAUCAGACUUCAGCGUUUUACUUUGGUGAGAAUGCCAUCUCCCUGCGUGGGCAGGCCUUCGACGAUAUGCUGUGGGUGGUCCUGGGUUGGUUGGAAAAUAUAAAGUUCCAAGUCUUGCACUCGGACAUGCACUAUGACGACCCCUUCUCGGCCAACGCGACUGCCAAGUUGCGCUGGCACGGAACCCAGUUUCGAUCCCCGGCCGCACAUCGAGCACGUGUGUUCUACGGCCUCGCGUCUGGGGGAUGGGAUGAGUCUCUCUGUGGUGGUGGAAUGAUUUGGAGCCCUUACUUGACCCCCUACAAGAAUGCCAUCACGAACGAGUUAUACAUCUCGGCGAGUAUUGGCAUGUACCUGUAUUUUCCGGGUGAUAAGAUCGAUUCUCCCUUUCUGGCAGGAACUGUCGACGAUGAGAACUGGUCCGAUGGCUAUCCGCAUAACCCCGCUCACCUGCAAGCCGCUAUCGAGGGCUACGCCUGGCUCAACUCUUCCAACAUGACCGGGAGCAAUGGGCUCUACGGAGACGGGUUCCAUAUCAGUAACUGGGAGAGUGAUGAUCGGCCCGGCACGCGCAAGUGCGAUGUUCUUAACACAAUGGUUUAUACCUACAACCAGGGAGUGAUCCUUAGCGGGCUAAGGGGGCUCUGGCUGGCAACUGCCAAGCGGCAGUACCUCUCUGAUGGGCAUCAACUAGUUCUAAAUGUGAUGAAGGCCACCGGAUGGCCCGACAAGGACAGCCAGCAAUGGAACGGCCUUGGUCGCGGCGGUGUCCUCGAGGAGGUGUGUGACUCUUCCGGCAGCUGUUCUCAGAACAGUCACACCUUCAAGGGUAUCUUUUUCCACCAUCUGGCAGAGUUUUGUCGGCCUAUGCGGCCGCAGGAGAUGCGAUUCCUUGCGAGUGCGAACCAGACCGAUGAGGAAGGAGCGGGCUGGCAGUAUGUGUACGAGUGGCAUCAGGCUCGCUGUCGCGCAUAUCGGCCAUGGAUUGAGCAUAACGCAAACGCGGCUCUUGUGACCCGCAACGACGAGGGCAAGUUUGGCAUGUGGUGGGGACCCCAGUCCCGCGCACCUGCUAGCACCAUCACGGACGAAAGCCCUCUGCCGCUGGGGGCGAUCGACUAUGAGAAUUAUGGGGCGCGGGCUGAGGGAUCCGGGGCGCUGGCGGGACUUCUGCGCAGUCGUGACUCCCAACGACUCGCGGAUGAGAGGCUCGGCUCUGAAUCCGGGACGCAGGUAUACGGUUUGGGGCGCGAACCCGGGUGGUCACGCUCUUCGGAAGAGCAGGCAAGCGUAGUUGAGCAAGGCGAUCGUGAUGCCAACGAUCGGGGCCGAGGACGUACUGUUGAGACACAAUCAGGGGGGGUUGCGGUGUUGCGGGCACUCUAUCAGUGGAAGAGCUCACCGUCUCUAGCAUGAUUGGAAGCAUGCUUAGAUUAUCUUGUAUAGUUUAGCGAUUAUCAGUUAGGGUUCAUUAUAGACAAGGGGGAUUGGUCUGGUGGCAAGGCACCUGCGUCAUCCGAUGU